GCUUACUUUAUUGUUUUUUUCUCUCAGCGGUGCCUUUCUUUUUUUUUUUCUUUUUUCUUUUUUUUUUUCCUUCAUUUUGGUCGGAGUAGUAGUGGAUGAUAUCAACAGAGCUCCGGUUCCUUCUUACCUCCGCGAUACUACGGACCAGAGAGGAGUCGCCAGAGGACACGCGCAUCACGACCGAGAGCAGCGGGAGCCGGUUAUUGGAUUUAAAAACAAGAAAACGAGAAAUAAACAAACAACUGAAUAUACAUCUACACAGAUCUGUGUUGAACAGCCGCGCUGCCGCGGACGCGCCCGCCCGACAAGACUCCCGUUAAGUUUUUUUGACGGAUUUUAAGGCACAGGUGCGUUAGAGGAUUGAAGACAGGCAGUUGGCGGAUGGUUGUCGGUUUUGUGGAGAGGUGUCACUGCCUCUGCGCAAGUCUCAGAUGAAGAUGAAGUCUGCGGGUGUCGUGGACGGAGGCUUGUUCACAGAGAGCUACUGUAACAUCUGCAAUGCCCAGCUCAUCUCCGAGUCCCAGCGCACCGCUCACUAUGAGAGCAAGAAACAUGCCAACAAGGUACGUCUGUUCUACAUGCUUCACCCUGAAGACGGAGGACCGCCUUCCAAGAGACUGAGGCCAGAUAACCCAGACUGUGCAGAGACAGAAGUGGACAGGAACAAGUGCUGUACCUUGUGUAACAUGUUCUUCACCUCCGCCAUUGUGGCCCAGUCCCACUACCAGGGAAAAACACAUGCCAAGAGAGUCCGUCUGGUGCUGGGGGAGCCGCCCAACCUACCCACAGCCAUGACCAGCCCUACAAACACAGAUUCCUCGCCAUCCACUCCAGUGCCCACAGAACCGGCAGCGUGCCCCCCUCCUCCGCCUGCCCUGACCUGGCCCAUGGCGGUGGUUGGCGGAAACGGCGGAAGAGAGGCCGGGAAGUACUGUUGCCUGUGCGGAGCCUGGUUCAACAACCCGCUGAUGGCCCAGCAGCACUACGAGGGCAAGAAGCACCGCAGGAAUGCAGCCAGGGCACGCCUCCUGGAGCAGCUAGCAGGCAGUCUGGAUGCCACGGAGAGCACAGGGUUGCGCAGUAGUUACUCCUGCAGUGUCUGCAGUGUGGUCCUCAACUCCAUUGAGCAGUACCAUGCACAUCUCCAGGGCUCCAAGCACCAGAACAACCUGAAGCAACACCAGCAGUAAGCUGCCGAGACAGGCCACUCUGGAAAGAAGAAGAGAUGAAGACAGAGAUUAUUGGAAUAAACAACUUCAGAGAAAAGGACUUGGGUCUGAACCCGAAGAGUAGGAGAAAGUACUGCAGUGUAACUUCAGUGUGUGUGUGUGUGUGUGUGUGUGUGUAUAUGAGUGUCAUGGGCAUCCGUGCCCACAUCUGCAGUGUGCACAUGUGGGUCAUUGUGAGUGUGUUUGUUUCUAUCUUUGAUCUAAAAAUAUAUCUCUGAGAUUUAUUCAGCACCUAAGUGUUUGAUAUGAGUUCUCGACACCAACAGCCGUCAGACGAGCUGCGGCUGCAUAUUGCCAUAUAACUCCGGUGUGAACCACAAUCCUAACAUUGAACUGAUGUCAGCACGUUGCCCAGAGUGGUAAUAACCAUUACAAUGAUCGUCAUAGAGCAGCAGUAAUAAUAACUCUGUAACUAGCCGUCCCCCAAGUGCUCUGACAGUGAUCCAGGUCUACGCGCAUUUCAUAUAUUGUGACGCUGACGGUGGCACGUGCAUGGUUCACUUUCAGACCACUUGACACCUACUCAGGCCCAGAUGUUUAAAUCCAAGGACAAGAAAACCCCCAAAGACCUCAGUCAUUACAGACUGCAUGAAUUUCCAUAACUUUCAAAAAGUAUUUUUGGUUUUAAAUCUCAUGUUGUCUAUAAAUGUAGUGUCACUUUUCAUUUUCAAAUGGUGGGUGUGUCACUUUGAAAUCCAUCUCUUCAUAUUCCAAAUGAUCAGAACCUGGAGAUGUGGCACGGUUACAGUACAGAAGAGCAGCACAAAGACUUUUAGACUCCGGCCAUGAAGUGAGGGUCUGUGCAACUUUGUGAAUCAUACACCGCUGAAAACAUUCCCACAGCACUGAAUACUGAUGUCAGAUGCAGCUCGGAGGUGAUAAAAAAUUCUCUUCUCUGUUGAGAUGGGCGACAUGUAGAUAAUAUUUUUUUAUUUUUCUGUUGCGAUGGCCAGAGAAAAAAAAAACAAAAAAAAACACAAAAACACAAAAAAACCAACUUCCCUCACAA